GAGAGCCGUGUAUAUAUAUAUAUUGGACCACGCUAGCCUUAACCCAGCUCUGCACUGAGGAAUUGAUGGCAUCGGUGAGAACGGAUUUGUCAAGUUUGCGCUAAGUGCCCGAGACAUAUGGUCAAGUAUUGGACCGACCACUGCUACGACGAAACGUGUCAACAGGCCGGAAGGCCUGACUGCUGAGCUGUCAUGUACUAGCGUAGAGUCAUGGCCCAAUAUAUAAGCAUUCCUGUUCAACAAGACUCCCGUUCCUCGUCCUGACUCCUGAUUGAUCAUGGAGAUAAUCGCCAGGUUCGCAGAAACCGCCAUUCCGUCCAUCAGCUUGAGAUCUCUUGCAGCGUUCGUACCUAUUCUAGAGGAAAGAAGGGCAGAGAUUGAGAAGAUUCAACGCAAGACUUUUGUAUAUGAUGACAAGCGCCGCACCAGAAACGAGCUUGACGUUUAUUACCCGCUAAAUUCGACUCUCACUAAGAGUGGGAAGACACCUAUUCUAGUUUUCGUUUAUGGAGGUGGAUUCAACACUGGAUCACGACAACUUCCUGAACCAUUUUCUAUGGGAUACCGUGCGCUUGGAUCUUUCUUCGCACACCGCGGUUUCAUCACCAUCAUUCCGGACUACAGACUUGUUCCAGAGGUCAAGUUCCCAGCUUCAUCCGAGGACAUUCGUGAUGCAGUCAACUGGAUUUUCGCCAGCAUUGACAUCAUUGGCAUACCCUUGAUACCCGCGCCUGAUGCGGAUGCUAUAUUUGUCAUGGGCCACUCAGCGGGCGACAUGCACACAAAAGUGUUGACCCUUUACCCACCGCUGUCCACAACCGUACAUCCUCGUCUGAAGGGUGUUAUUUGGUGUAGUGGCAGCUGGUACUUUGAUGAAAGAUUUCGCAUCGAAGUCCCCGCACAACAGUACUUUGGUUCUCAAGCGGAACAGAAGGAGAGGGAGCCGCGGGCCCUUUGGAAUAACCUAUCUGAUGAACAGAUCAAGAACAUACCUGACAUCCUCCUUGUCAGAGCAGAGCGAGAGCCCGACUGGCUGUUGACAUCGUGGGAGGACUCGCUGCCGGAUAUCGAGAAGCGGCGUGGAGAGGCGCCCCAGGCCAUCAUCUGCAAAGGUCACAAUCACAUCAGCCCCAAUUGGGCUUUAUGUUCCGGUGAAGGGGAAGAAUGGGGAGAAGAGGUUGUGAUAUGGAUGAAAGCUAGACUUACAUAACUAGCUCCCUCCCUCAAAUUCGAAGAUUCUUGCGCCAAACUUGUGUAAGGGUACAGCGAUGAGAUGGAUAAUUCUUUUGGUGAUAUAUGGAUCUAGAUCUCAGGUUAGUUAUGCAGUCUCA